AUGCAAUCUACACAAAGACACAGUCGGUAUCAUCAUUUCACGACCAUUCUCUGUCCACAAUACAGUAUCGAGUACAACAUUCCGACGAUGGAAGGGGGAGCGUCUGCAGCCGCGUCCCGCGUCCCCAUAAAGCUUCCAGGCAAUGUGUUGGAGUUGCUGGAAGCUUCUGCGCACUUGAAUCUGCCGCUCGAGCUUCGAUUGUUGAUGACGCUGGUGGCACUCUUGCUCUUCCUACUGCUUCUCAUUAUGGUGCUGUGGGACCGCUACGGCAAAGAGAUCGGAGAGCUUUACACAUCGCCCGUGGGCACGAAAGCUCAGGAACAAAACGCCAGUGACACCAAGGUGCACGACGUCGCGGACGAGUUCACGAUGUACCAGAAACUCCCGACUUUCUUCUACGAGUACGUGCCGAGACAGAAGAAAAGCAGCUAA